CGAUGACAUCAACUGGUUAAGGCCCUCCCUUUCCUCAGGCUUAGUCGACUCGAAAGCCAACUGAGGGUAUCGAUCUAAGGAAACUGUUUUUCUUGGGCCAACGUUAUAGGCUACGGUGUGCCCCCAAGAUACAUGAUGACGACACUGGCUGUCUUUAGCCUGAUGCUUUCAUCGUCCUACACCGGCGUGAGUUUAUUAGUCAUGCAGUUCCAACAGUGCCGGUGAAUCAGCCUUUUUCUUGUUGGAAAUAUAGUAGCCUCUUCGUCGUAAACUGCCAAAACUACUCAAAAAUUGAUUACGUAAGAUAGGAAACUUAAACGGUUAAGUGAACUUCCCAACUUACCGUAUUUGGAGAACACAUUUUCAAGGGGUAUUAAAACCUGAUCUCAUUGACACACACACAGUUCUCAAACACGAAAAGUAAACACAAUGAGAUAGUGUAGAUUUUCCGAAGUUUAAAAAUGAUUCAAUUUUCUUUGUCUGCUAACUUUCUGCGGAAACUAUUGAACGACACUGCAACUCUGCAUUGUCAAAAAAAGAAAAUAUAAACACACGUCUGCUAGGCCUAGUAAAAAAUGGCCAUGCGUUAUUCAUUUUUGUUUGGUGUUUCACGAAUAUUAACUCGCCAGACAUAUAACGUUUGUCAGAAACAUCAUGCAACUACAGCUAUUUUUCCCGUGCCUUCAAAGAAUAAAACAAUUUCCAAGAAAUUAGCCAUCGAGCAUGAUGAUCCUGAUGUGUUCGGUACUCUUUCUUUACGUGAGAAUCUCGGAACACAAAAGUUAGAUUCUAUAAAGAAUCACGAUAAUUUUAUCGACGAAGGAGAUGCAAUAGAAGAAAAGUUUCUUAGUUUUGAACCUGCUGACAAAAAGAGUUCUGAACAGUUUGAAUUGGAAAUUGAGCAGUUAAUAAAUGACAGAAAUCUGAAAGAAGCUUUGUUUCGACUAGAAGUUACUAUGAAAGAGGACAAAGUCAGACCAUCAAGAAGUAUAUUUUCCUUGCUAAUUGGAGCUUGUGGUAGAGCUGGAUAUACCAAGAAAGCUUUCAAUCUUUUCAAUGUGAUGAAAAAGAGAGGCUGUGUACCAGCAGAUAGCCAUUAUACAGCUCUAUUUAAUUCAUGUGCAAAUUCACCAUGGAAAGAGGAUGGCCUGCAGAGAGCAACCAUGUUGAGACAGCAAUUGAAAGACAAAAAUGUUAUUCUAAAUAGGGCUCAGUAUCAUGCUAUGAUUAAAGCUUUUGGUCACUGUGGAGAAAUAGGAACAACACUUGAGAUCAUGGACGAAAUGGCAACCAAUCAGAUUACAGUUACAACAGAAAGCUUCAAUUUCUUGCUUCAUGCUUGCAUUUCUUUACCUGAAGAAGGAUUUACUCGCGCCAUCCUAAUCUGGAGGAGGCUAAGGAAUAUGAGAGUCACUCCUUCAAUCUUUUCUUACAACCUGAUGCUUCGUGCCGCUCGUGAUUGUGGCGCAAAACAUAUGGAUGGAAAACAUCAACCUAUUGAAUCCAUGUUGCUUUUGGAAGAAAAAACUGGCUCUCAAAGCAAUAAUCCAUUCAAGCCGGCUGUAUUGACUAUGUCAGAGUUAACGACCGUUACAAACCAGCUGACGGUAUGUCCAAACUUCCUCGCUGAGAAAAUCCAGUCGAGCAACGUUAUGGGUUUGGCCGGACUAGAUCGGACUGAGAAUCGAUUGGCUCUUUUGGGAGGUAUUGAAGGUUUUCUGGCAGAAAUGAUCAAGGAUCAUGUUAAACCCGAUAUCAAGACGUUUGCCCUUCUUCUCGAGACCAUAGCGUCUGAUCCAUCAGAAGAAAAAAAACUUAUGGAACAAAUGAAAGCAUUUGGAGUUAUUCCAGAUGUAACUUUUUUGAAUGUUUUCAUUAAAAAACGUCAAUUUCGACGAGACAAUUCCGGUGCUCAAGAAGUAUUAAAUUACUUUCAGGAAUAUCAGCUCUUUCCGAACAUAAUGACGUUUGGGGUUCUUGCAACGGGAUGUCGUUCUUCUCAAGAAGCCGGUGCGUUGAUGAAAGACAUGGAAAAUGCCGGAUUCAGAGUGAAUAUUGAAAUAUUCGGAUCAUUUUUAAAGAACGCGAUUUUUCACAAAAAAUGCUAUUUUAUCAUGGACUUACUGAAACGAGCCACGGAGAUGAACUUAACAUUAGACGAGAAAGCUAUCAAGCUUUUGGAUAAAUUCAGAAGAGAAACCAAGGAAGCUAUUGCAAAGCAUGAUCGAGGUUUGGAAGUUCCUAAAAUCUACGGAAACGAAUGGUUCAGAGAAUCAUUUAGAGUGUUUUGCCUUGGAUACAAACCUCAAAUGGAAAAACUUGAAGUAGCCCUAGAACCUCACCCUUGGCAACAGUACCGAUAUCCUUUAGCGAAAAAGGAUAAAACCGAUCAGACUUCCUAUCCAUCCAAGAGUGGAAAAAGUGUACAAAAUUUAAAAUAAAUAUUUUGAUAAAUGAAAGAGAGCUCUGUAUUUCUUUCUUUCUGCAAUAUGGCUGUUUUUGAAGAGACAAUUUAUAUAAUAUGGCACUCAAUUCUUCUUGAUACGCUCGUCAUUAGAAUUUAACCCUUUGCUAAAUUCAAAUCACAACCUGGACGAGAAACGAUCCCUGGUCCGGAUAUCCAG